CCACUAGGCACUAGGUUUCAUUUCAAGAUUGCUUUUUCUUCAUAAAUUAUUAAACUUAACUUUCAACUUCCUCCGCCAUAGAUACCAAAUCUUUAGAAUUAACUGCAAAAUUCACGUGGGUUAGCAAAAUUAAUGCAAAAUACAACAUUGGGACUCGCUGACAAAGCAUUUCUUGGGAUGAAUUUUAUCAAACAGGUGGUGCCCGUUAAAUGCGGUAGGAGAGCUGCCAAGACUUCAUUUGCAGCAGCAAGAUUGUGCCUCUCCCGCCGAUUUCAUGAUGCUCCGGUGGAGGUUAACUCCGAAGAGCAGGAAGUUGUGAUUGCUAUAGGAAGCAAUGUGGGUGACAGGGUUCAUAAUUUUGAGGAGGCGUUGCAACGGAUGAAGAAAUCAGACAUUCAGAUCACGAGACACGCCUGCUUGUACGAGACUGAACCCGCCUAUGUAACUGACCAGCCUCGGUUCCUCAAUUCUGCUGUUAGAGGAACCACAAAGCUCGGCCCUCAUAAGCUGCUGGCGGUGCUGAAGGAGAUUGAGAGGGACUUGGGCCGAACUGCUGGCAUUAGGUACGGCCCUAGGCCAAUCGACUUAGACAUUCUGUUUUAUGGGAGUCGGACUGUCAACACCGAUUCUCUCACCAUCCCACAUGAGAGAAUAUGGGAGAGGCCUUUUGUGAUGGCCCCCUUGAUUGAUCUGCUGGGGGUUCAAGCGGAUAAUGAGACGGUUAAAUCUUGGCACUCGCUGUCGAAGCAUCCGGGUGGGCUCUUUGAGGCAUGGGAGGAGCUGGGAGGCGAGUCACUCGUUGGGAAGGAUGGGAUGGAAAGAGUGUUGCCAGUCGGGAACCGGCUGUGGAGUUGGUCUGCAAACACCUCUGUCAUGGGGGUUCUGAAUGUGACUCCUGAUAGUUUUAGCGAUGGGGGAAAGUUUCUGUCUGUCGAAUCAGCAGUUUCCCGGGUUCGAUCCAUGCUUGCAGAAGGUGCAGAUAUAGUCGACUUAGGGGCACAAUCAACGCGUCCCAUGGCAUCUAAGCUGUCUCCUGAGCAAGAGCUUGAUAGACUGAUCCCCGUCUUGGAAGCUGUCAGAGAUAUGCCGGAGAUGGUGGGGAAGCUGAUAUCUAUCGACACUUUCCAUUCGCAGGUUGCAUUAGAGGCGGUCAGCAAGGGAGCUCAUCUUGUCAACGACGUGUCUGGUGGAAAGCUGGAUGCGAAUAUGCAUCAUGUGGUGGCUUCCCUUGGAAUUCCUUACAUCGUGAUGCACAUGAGAGGUGAUCCAUCCACAAUGCAAAAUCAAGAGAAUCUAGUGUACGAUGAUGUGUGUAGUGAUGCGGCGUCCGAGCUUUGCACGAGGGUUAGAGAUGCUGAGAUAUCCGGUAUUCCAGCAUGGAAGAUGAUCAUAGAUCCUGGGAUCGGAUUCUCCAAGAAUACUGAACAAAACUUGGACAUUCUCAUGGGGUUGCCAGCCAUCCGAUCUGAGAUUGGUAAGAAGAGCUUAGCCUUGGCCCACGCCCCGUUGCUAGUAGGGCCUUCGAGGAAGAGAUUCUUGGGAGAAAUCUGUGGUCGGACCGUAGCAGGUGAGCGAGAUCCAGCCACUGUUGCCGCUGUCACAGCUGCAGUUCUGGGUGGAGCAAAUAUAGUGAGAGUGCAUAAUGUGAGAGAUAACAGAGAUGCUGUCAAACUCUGUGAUGCCAUGCUUCAUAGGAGAAGAAACAGAGACUCUUAACCAUGUUCACUUCCCUUUUUGUGUUCUUCCAUUUCAGUUCACAUUGACAAAUGCUUUUUGACAAUCAUGAUUUAUGGACAUACCAAACUGUAUUGAAAUUUUGUAGCAAGAAAAAGUAACAGCUUGCAAGAUGUAUCUUGGACAA